AAUUCCCAAAGUAAUUUCCAAGAUGUCUUCCCCAGUUGCAAUCGUAACAGGAGCCUCCUCCGGUAUUGGUCUCGCUCUCACCAAACACUUACUAUCUCAGAACUGGUCAGUCGUAUUACUCGACGUGCAAAACCCUCCCGCCGAAGCUGCAUUGCCAAAAGAUAAAUCAUUAUACAUCCACUGUGAUGUCGGAAGCUGGGAUUCACAAGCAGCAGCCUUUAAGCAAGCCUUCGAAUGGAAAGGACGCCUCGAUUUCGCCGCCCUAAACGCCGGAAUCGAUGACCGCGACGACAUUUUUCGAACCGCAGCACUGGACCAGGCUGAGUUCGGCAACCACGCUCCGAGAAAACCUGACAUGUCCACUUUCGACGUCAAUCUACUCGGUGCGUACUAUGGAGCCAAGCUGUUCACGCAUUAUUACCUGCGAAAUCCAUCAAAGUCCAGGAAACUGGGAUGUAUCGUCAUGACAUCCAGUAUGGCUGGUUUAUAUCCUCACGCCGGCGUACCGCAAUAUACCGCUACGAAAUACGGCGUUGUAGGGCUGGUGCGUUCGCUGGCUCCUGUUGCGUUGAAAGUCUCGGGAAUCAGAGUGAAUAGUAUCUGUCCAGCGUUUGUGCCUACGAACCUGGCGCCACCGGGGUUGAUGGAAGCGUGGCCGAAGAGUGGGAUUACGCCGAUGAGCACGAUUAUGAGGGCCUAUGAUGAGUUUUUGGAUGAGGAGAAGGCGUGGAAUGGACAGUGUGUGGAGGCUUCGUUGGAGGAGCUUACGUAUCGUGGGACGCCGGUCCCGCCUGGAUCGGAGAAGGUUGAGAUUGAUAUUCAUCCGUUGAGGUUGUUUGAUGAGAUUUAUAGGGAGAGGAAUAUUAAGUUUGCGAGGAGGUCGAAGAUAUAGUUUCCUGGGAUAUCUUUGAGACGAAAUGGGGAUCGUCGGGUCGAGAAUGAUCGGACAGAGAACUGUUAGUUACCACAUAGCUGAACAACUACAUCAAGCUAGUCGC